AUAUAGCCAGCUGAAAAAAGAACAACUGUUCAUUUACAAUCUUGAUUCCUACUUGUGAACUAGCGAAUUUCAAAUAAUUCAAAUGAAUAAUAAAAUAAUAUUUUACUAUAAACAAACUUAAAAUCCAGCAAAAGGACAUCAAUUCGUUAAACUACAUGCACGUUCCAUUCCACAAUAACGUAAGAUUUAGCAUUUGAAACUAGGAAAAACUGUUGUCAAAAUAAAACGUCAACAAAUACGAAUGUCACUGAUGUCAAAUAAAUGUAUUGUGUUUUGUUAGUGUUUUGUAUCUAAAAUGUAUUGCCUAAUAUUUUAAACAAAAACUGCAUAAUAUUCCUUUUCAUAAAUUAUCAACCCAGCAGCAUAGGCAAACCCUAUCUCUGAACUAUCCCAAUACCUACUACUUUUAUGUUAAAAUGAUACGAUUAGCUUACAAAAAAUAUUGCUUCUAAUAUCUCAAACCAUUUUAUAUAAUGGAUGAAAAUAAAAGACAAAGAGGUGUAUAUGUUACGGCAAGACAAAAGAAGAAGCUGAUAGAAUUAAUGACAAAACAUCCGGAACUAAUAUCAUGCAAAGUUACCCAGGACUUUAACUACAGGGACUCUCAACAACUAUGGCACACUAUUGCUCUUGAAUGUAACUCUAUACCCGGCGCUAGGAAAUCUUGGAGGCAGUGGAGAAAAACUUGGCAAGAUUUACGAUCCAAAACAAAGAAACGUCAGGCUGAAAUAAAUGGCGAGCUGCCAACUUCAGUAGUAAUGCUUACAGCUGCUGAACAGGAGGCCCUGGGACUUAAGAAUGUGACUUCAACCACCACAUACCAACAGAGUACAGAGUUCAUACCACUGGAAAAUAAUGACCAGGACUUUGACAACACCAUGGAAUCAAAUCCUUCAUACAGUGAAGUGGAAUCAGUUCCAGAAGAAAAAGUUUUCACCCACCCACCAGAAGAAAAGCCAGCCAAACAUAAAAACAAUUCUAAAAACUGUAAGAAUUCCAACAACUGUGUUUUCAAUUGUGAUAUGUUAGCAGUACAAGAACAACGAAAGAUACAAAUUAAGGAGGACUAUUUGAAUUUUAAAAAGGAUUAUUUAAGACAAAAACUAGUUUUGCUUAAAGAGCAGACUGAGGCUUUAAAAAGUAUUGCUAAAGAACUUUGUGCGAAGAAGUAGGGCUGUGAUUAAUUUGGCCUAGAUAGGGCUGUGCCAUAUUAUGUAAUGUGUAGUCUUUAGGGGCUGACAACCUGGUGAGGGUUGCAGGAAUCAGUUGGUGUAUGAGAAUGCAGAACAGAUCUCUAAAAUGAAUUUGGUUAAAUUUAUGCAUCUUACACCAACCUUGAAGCUAUAAAACAAGCAGGAUGUUAUAAUGUGAUUAUGAUUUUGCAAAGUCAUUCAGUUUUGUAGAACUAGUCAAAGGAAACUAAACAUAUAGUUUCCAGCAAAAAUCAAAACAAAUUCUUUAUUAUUUUUUUAUGAGUUGAGAGAAAAUAUAUUAUGCCAUUGUAUAAUUGUUUAUUUUAUCUGUAUUGUGAAUAAUGUUAUUCUAAGAUUUGCUGCAUAUUUUAAGAGUAGCUAUAGAUAUGAUGUUACUUUUAUUUCAAAGUAAUGUUGAUGGCAUUGUGUGAAAGUUGUGGAUGAUUAUGUUAAUAGUAGGUAUUUAGAAUAUUGAGUGUGUAAGAUAAGGGGUAUAAACUCUUUUAUAUUUUCACAUAUUUGUUAUCUUGCCAUAUAUUAAAAUGGGUUGAUCAAUUAGAA